AUGGCGGCAAGGAAAAGAGGAGAGCUUUUUACUAUUUUGGAAACUAGCACUGACACGGAAAGCAACGCGGUAUCCGACGGCGAGGACUGUCCGCUAAAUCUCCCCGUCGAUGUGAAGUGGUUCGAGAUUCCUUUCCGAAAGUCCGAGUCGGACGAGGAAGACGAAGAAGUGCACGAGAACAAGGGGGAGUCUGAGCUGGAGAGCGCAGCGGCGGCUGAAGAGACUGCGGACUCAGCCAGCUACAUCGCGGGAGGCGGCUGCAAUAUCAUUUUGGUCACUGGAAAUGGCAUCAAGCACGAAGAGUACGAGGAGGACUCUUAUUUUGCGACUUCCAAUAAUUGCUCUGAAACCUCCUCGACCGAUUCAGAUAUCGAUUUUUCCGAUUUAGAAGAGGAAGAGCGGCCAGAUUUAUUCAGCAGCACCUAUGAUGUUUUAGACGACGAAUGCACUUCUUCGGAUUUCUGGGGAGAGCCUGACCAGGUAAUAUCAAUUGAGCCAUUCGCAGCUGACAGUGGCCCUCAGCACUCGCUAGGGGAUGAUGCUGACACUUUAGACUAUUUCCGGUUGCUCUUCCCAGAUUCAUUGUUUGAACACAUGGUAGAACAAACAAACAACUACGCCAUCUAUCGGCAAAGGAGAAGUGGUCGGUCAGACGCCCACUGGCACCCAACUGACAUCAGAGAAAUGAAGGCAUAUGUUGGUCUUAACAUUCUAAUGGGUAUCAAUCAGCUACCGGAAUAUGGCAUGUACUGGGCGAGUGACAUUUUCAUAGGGAAUGCUGGAUUCAAAAAAACAAUGACUGCUCGACGCUUUGAAAAACUCAACCAAAACUUGCACCUGUGCGACCGUGAGUCAGAGCCUUGCAAAGGUGAGCUGGGCUAUGAUGGACUUUACAAAAUACGCCCCCUGCUGGAUAUGGUUGGAAAUACCAUGUGGGAUGCAUACUUGCCUAACCGCUGUUUGACUAUUGAUGAGUGUGCUAUUUCCACAAAGGGACGCUUUUCCCCGACGCAGUACAUGCCGUCCAAGCCUUUACGUAAGGGACUCAAGGUGUGGAUGCUUUGCGAUUCCCGUUCGGGCUACUGCCACCGCACUCGUAUUUAUGUUGGGAAGCCUAGCGAUGAUCUGGCCGCUGCUGCGGUAGGCCACAAGGUCGUGACAUCUUUGGUGAGGGGGCUUGAGGCUCGUCACCACCAUCUUUUCAUGGACAGCUUUUUCACGUCUGUUCCCCUGCUGCAGCAUCUGCUGCAUCAAGGGCUCUACGCCUGUGGCCCCACCAACCCUUGUCGCCGUGGCUACCCCGACACUCUCAAACCUCGCAAUGUCGGAAAGCUAGCACCUGGGGAAUUCUAUCAGUGUCAACAUGGCAACCUUGUGGCCACCGUAACGAGGGAUGCUAAAAUCGUUAGCUGCCUGUCAUCUAACUCAGCGCCUGGCAUUGUGGGCAUCGGGCCGGGCAAGGGGGAAGGAGAUGCUAGAGAUGGAGAUUGCACUGAUAUGGUGGGGCUUGGGAUACCACGUCCCCUCCCUUUACUUUUAUAUCAGGAGAACAUGAGGGGUGUUGACUUGUGCGACCAGCUUAGGGAGUGCUACCAGGUUGGGAGGCCGUGCAAAAAAUGGUGGCGCUUCUUCUUGUGGUUUUACAUAAACCUCUGCAUUGUCAAUUCCUACCUGAUUUUGCGCGAGAGUCGAAGAAGGUCACCACCGGCGGGGUUUAACGGUAAACAGUUCACACAACGUCAUUUCCGUAUUCGCCUGGCACAGCAGCUGAUUGGUGACUACCAGGGGGCACGGGGCAUGGAGCGGGCUGCCCGUAAACGGCACGCAGACUCGCCCUUGGAGUACGGGCACCGGCUUGAGCGCAUGUCAGAACGCUCACGUCGCUGUCGGAACUGCACAAACAAAGGCCUGAGACACGAGAGUGUGUUCGGCUGUAAGAUCUGCAACGUGCACCUGUGUAGGGGAGGCUGCUUCAGUGAAUUCCAUAAAUAA